AUGGUUGGCAAGUUGUUGCCCGCUGCUUCGCCUGCCCUGUCGCACGUAGCGACCUCCGGCUCCCACGGCGAGGACUCCCCCUACUUCGCCGGGUGGAGAGCCUACGACGACGACCCCUACGACGCCGUCUCCAACCCGAGCGGCGUCAUCCAGAUGGGCCUUGCAGAGAACCAGGUCUCCUUUGACCUCCUGGAGGGGUUCCUAAGGGAGCACCCUGAGGCGGCCGGGUGGGGCGGCGCCGCCGCCGGCUCCGGCGUGGCCAGCUUCAGGGACAACGCUCUGUUCCAGGACUACCACGGCCUCAAAACCUUCCGAAAGGCGAUGGCCAGCUUCAUGGAGAAGAUAAGGGGCGGCAAGGCGAGGUUUGACCCUGACCGCAUCGUGCUCACCGCCGGCGCGACGGCCGCCAACGAGCUUCUCACGUUUAUCCUCGCCAACCCCGGAGACGCGCUGCUGAUCCCCACUCCGUACUACCCAGGGUUUGAUCGGGACUUGCGUUGGAGGACUGGCGUGAACAUCGUGCCGGUGCACUGCCACAGCGCCAACGGGUUCCAGGUCACGGUCGCCGCGCUCGAGGAUGCGUACGAGGAGGCCGCCGCGGCGGGGAUGCGCGCCGCCGGCGUCCUGCUGACCAACCCGUCCAACCCGCUCGGCACGACCAUGAAGAGGUCCGUGCUGGAGGACGUGCUCGACUUCGUGGUGCGCAAGAACAUCCACCUCAUCUCCGACGAGAUCUACUCCGGCUCCGUCUUCGCCGCGCCGGACCUCGUCAGCGUGGCCGAGCUCGUAGAGUCGCGGCCUGACGUCGCCGACCGCGUGCACAUCGUGUACAGCCUCUCCAAGGACCUGGGGCUCCCCGGGUUCCGCGUCGGCGUGGUGUACUCGUACAACGACGCCGUGGUCACCACCGCGCGGCGCAUGUCCAGCUUCACGCUCGUGUCGUCGCAGACGCAGAAGACGCUCGCCGCCAUGCUCUCCGACGACGCGUUCGCCGAGGAGUACAUCCGCACCAACCGCGAGCGCCUCAGGAUGCGGCACGACCACAUGGUUGCCGGGCUGGCACGCGCCGGCGUGCCGUGCCUGCAGGGAAAUGCUGGGCUGUUCGUGUGGAUGGACAUGCGGCGGCUGCUUCUCGGCGGGGGCGGCGAGGCGACCGUCGCCGACGAGCUGAGGCUGUGGGACCUGAUGCUGCAUGAGGUGAAGCUCAACAUCUCGCCGGGGUCGUCCUGCCAUUGCUCGGAGCCCGGGUGGUUCAGGGUGUGCUUCGCCAACAUGAGCUUGGACACGCUGGAUGUUGCACUGGCCAGGAUGGGCCGCUUCAUGGACAGGUGGAACAAGGCGACAACACCGCAAAAGGAGCACUAG